UCAUAUCUUCAUUCACUCUCCACAAUCUACUCUGUUCAUCCAUGUCAUUUUCCCUCUCUUUUCUCCUUUCUGCACCUCACUGAAACCCUAGAAAUCACUCUGUUGUUAUAUUAUGAAUCAUUAUCAUAUAUAUGAAGCCAUCGGCCAGGGAAAAUACUCCACUGUGUAUAAAGGGAGGAAGAAGAAGAGCAUUGAAUAUUUUGCAAUUAAAAGUGUUGAUAAGUCCCAUAAGAGCAAGGUUCUUCAGGAAGUUAGAAUUCUUCACUCUUUGGAUCAUCCAAAUGUACUCAAAUUUUAUUCCUGGUAUGAAACAUCUGCUCAUCUGUGGCUGGUUUUAGAAUACUGUGUUGGAGGUGAUCUCAGGACAUUACUGGAGCAGGACAGUAAACUUCCAGAAGAUUCAGUACAUGAUCUUGCACGGGAUCUUGUCAGAGGUUUGCGGUUCUUACACUCGAAGGGAAUCAUCUACUGCGACUUAAAACCAUCAAACAUCUUAUUGGAUGAAAAUGGUCGUACAAAGCUAUGUGAUUUUGGGUUAUCCAGAAAAUUGAGCGAUAUAUCUAAAACGCCUUCUUCCCUGUUACCACAAGCAAAGCGUGGAACUCCAUGUUACAUGGCUCCUGAGCUGUUUCAGGAUGGGGGAGUUCAUUCUUAUGCUUCUGAUUUCUGGGCUCUUGGUUGUGUGCUAUAUGAAUGCUAUGCUGGUAGACCUCCCUUUGUAGGGAAGGAGUUUACACAAUUAGUAAAAUCCAUUCUCUUUGAUCCAACCCCAUCCCUCCCUGGCAAUCCAAGCCGUCCAUUUGCGAAUCUUGUCAGUUCUCUCCUAAUAAAAGAUCCAGCAGAGAGAAUACAAUGGUCUGAGAUUUGUGGUCAUGCCUACUGGAGAACAAAGCUCACUCCAGUGCCUUUGCCUCCUCAACCUGCUUUCACUAAUAUGAUAGAACUUUGUUAUAAACCAUGCCUCUCAGAACGCAAUGGUGAGAAGCCUCUUCAGAACAAGACCCCACCCGGAAAUCGUGACAAUUCCAAAGGUCCUGAUGAAAGUUCUAUGCCUCUUCAUAACACACCUAGUAGAGGUAUAUCCAGUGGCCGAAAGAUUCAACCAAAGGCUUCAGGCAAAGUAGUGGAUGAGAAGCAGAAAGAAGAAAAAAGUAACACAAAGGGUGUCAAUCUGCUACGUCUAUCUAGGAUAGCAAAGUCGAACUUACAGAGGGAAAAUGAAAAGGAGAACUACCGCAGGCCAAUGCCCAACAACUCGGAGAAUGAUACUGACGUUAAAAUUGAAAACACCGAUAUGGAGCUUGAUUUUAACGAGAACACUGAAGAUGAGACACAAGAUGAGCCUGACAUGCCUGGUACUCCAAACCAUACCCUUGACGAGAAUUUAUCAACUCCAGAUCAGGAAGAGAGAAGACUAGACGAGAUAGAUAGAAACACACACAAUUUGGUUGCAUCACCCAUGGUUAACACACCUGCGACAGAAUACUCCAGAAGAACUGAGCAUGAAUCUUCUUCAAAUCAUAUUGAAGUGCCUGCUACUCCGCCAACCGCUUCACCUCAAUCCAAGAUUCAAAGAAUCAUAGAAGACUCAGGUGGUGCUGUUGAAUCUGACACAUCCAGGUCCUCCCCUAACUUAUCACAGGUGCUUUGGCAUCCAUCUGAUCUCUCGGUGAGACCUGUGAUGCCCAGCAAAAAGUCAGAUAAAGGAUCUGAAGCAGUACCUUCUCUCCCCUUUGAUGCAAUGCCAGCAUCUGAUUUUGUGAAAAUGUCAAAAGAGCAGUUAGAUGGACUCAGCAAAUCUAUCAUAAGCAUCCUAAACGGGAAUACUCCUAUUGGUGAGAAGCAGAAUGUGAUUAGAUACCUUGAGAUGUUAAGCAUCAAUGUUGAUGCAGCCAAUAUUUUAACCAAUGGUCCAAUAAUGCCUGUUCUUGUCAAAAUGCUUCGGCAGGCCAAAGUCUCAGCUUUGCGUGUUCAACUUGCUUCACUCCUUGGCUUGUUAAUACGACAUUCUACCUUUAUCGAUGAUGAUUUGUCAAAUUCUGGAAUAUUAAAUUCCUUGAAUGAAGGUCUAGUAGAUAGGCAAGAGAAAGUCAGAAGGUUCUGUAUGGCUGCUUUGGGCGAGUUAUUAUUUUACAUAUCUACUCAAAGUGAUCAAUCUAAAGCAACUAAUCCACCAGAAAGUCCAUCCAAGGAAAGCAGGACCUCAUCAGGAUGGCAGGUUCCAAGUCCAAUGAUUUCACUGGUAACAUCCCUUUUGCGCAAGGGUGAAGAUGAUAUAACUCAACUUUAUGCGUUGAGGACAAUAGAGAACAUCUCAAGUCAAGGAGGAUAUUGGGCCAGCCGUUUCACCACCCAAGAUGUAAUCAAUAAUCUUUGUUAUAUAUUCCGAGCUCCAGGAAAGCAGGAGAGCAUGAGACUUACAGCAGGAUCUUGUUUAGUGCGUUUAGUCCGUUUUAACCCUCCCAGCAUCCAACAAGUAAUGGAAAAGCUCACAUUUAAGGAAAUCGCUGCAGCCCUUUCAAAAGGCAACGCCCGUGAACAGCAAAUUUGCUUAAACCUUCUAAAUAUGGCAAUGCUUGGCAGCAACCUUUUCACCAAUAUCGGGCGCCACCUUCUCCCAUUGGUGGAAGAUAAGAAUUUAGUACCGACUCUUGUGGCUCUCAUUGAGCAUGCAGGUGAAGUUCUGAGAGGAAAAACACUUGUUUUUGUGACUUUGCUUUGUAAGAACAGAAAGAGAUGGCUUGCACAUUUUUUCUUCAAUGGGAAAUUACUGUCAACUGUGGAUCGGCUGGUGAAGGAGAAGGGUGCAUAUUUGCAGCAAUGUUUAGAAGCAUUUUUGUAUGGUGUAGUGUCUACUAUACCGGGGUUAUUGGAGACCAUAAUUGCCGAUAUUCAGCAACUGCUGGGCGGUAGACGCCAAGUUACUGCUCUAACGGGCAGAGCUGCUGCUUCAAAGACCAAUCUUCAACUUUUUUCUGUUGUUCUAAACCUUCUUGGAAGUUCAUCUUUCAAACGCAGGGUGGUCAACUCUCAGGUCCUCCAACAGCUCAAAACACUAAUCAAACUCGUGGAAUCGCCAUUUCAGGGAAGGGAUGAUUUUCAGCUAACCCUUCUACGCGUUCUCGAGGCAAUCACUGAAGAACCAUCCGUGAUUGAAGAAAACUGGAGCAGUUUCAUCCACGAAAUACUUCCGAGUCUUUCUCUUCUUUGCAAAGGAAGCAAAGACGGAGACGCGAGAUUCUUAUGCUUAAAGAUAUGGUUUGAAGUGGUCGUUAAUUUGCUAAAUGAAGUACAGGAUGACAACGGAAGACGAGAGGAAUUGAAAUCGGUAUCUCGUGAUCAUUUCCUCCCAUUGUAUCCAAAACUAAUAGAAGAUGAAGAUCCCAUUCCAAUAUAUGCACAAAAACUACACCAAAUGCUGGUGGAGUUCAGCAUCCUACAACAAUAAGUCAUCUCUUUUUCAAUGUGUUUCAAAUGUAUUCAUGUUCUGUAUGCACUCAUUGUUUGAAAGAAACUAUGCUUAUUUUUAUUUGAAUUGUGUCUCUAGUUGUUGAUAUUUCAGAGCAAAUCUAUUGCUAACCAAUGAUAUCAUUGAAUUUGCCAUUUUUGUUCUUAUUUG